AUCUGCAGCGCCACAACCCUCAGCUCUGCCGACAAUGGCGGAUCUAGUGAGGACAGACUUGGCGGAGUAUGCCCCGGCCUCCAAUCUCCAGUUUAAUGAGCACAUACGGGACUUGAUCCAGUCUGGACGCAAGAUCUUCCAUUUCGCUUUCGGACAGUCACCUUUCCCGGUAGUGGAAUCGGCCGUGCAAGCCCUGAAAGUUCAUGCUGGAGAGAAUGCCUAUCUCCCUGUAGCAGGACUGAAACAACUUCGACAAGCAAUAUGUGACUUCCACCAAAAAUUUGACCAAUUCGAUUACUUUGACCCGGAUGACGUCAUCGUUGGUCCGGGGAGUAAGGAGCUGAUUUAUCUGGUUAUGCACGUCUUCAAUGGAGAUGUUAUAGUAAUAUCUCCCUCCUGGACGACGUACAAGCCACAGGCCCGUUUAGCUCACCACAAACCUUACGUAUUGGACACGAGUCUGGACGGAGAUUGGAAACUAACACCAAAACUUAUUGGUGAAUUCAUGAAAAAGAAUCAAAUGAAGAAAAAUAGACUUUUGAUCUUAAAUAAUCCGGACAACCCAACCGGUACAAGUUAUUCGGGGGCUGAACUACAGAAACUCAGUGAAGCCUUUAGAGAGCAUAAUAUCAUAGUUCUGUCAGACGAGAUCUACUCCAGGAUACGAUACGACCACAGUCAUGUGUCGCUGGCAAAGUUUUAUCCAGAAGGAACCAUAAUAAGUACAGGGCUAUCCAAAUGGGCAAGUGCUGGAGGAUGGAGGCUGGGUUACCACAUCUAUCCUAGUGAGUUAUCUGAGCUGAGGAAGGCGGUGAAGAGUGCUGCCAGCCACACCUACACCUCCGCCCCCUCGCCUGUACAGUAUGCCGUCACAGAGAUGUUCCAGAAUCUAGACCUGUGUGAUGACUACAUGAAGCACUGCUCUAGGAUGCUGGACGCUGUGGGAACAUACUGCUACUGGGAACUAACCUCAGUGGGGGUCAAGGCUGUGAAGCCUACGGCUGGUUACUACAUAUUCCCAGAUUUUGAGGUGAUAAAAGAAAAUCUCAAGAGAAGAGGUAUAACAACCUGCGAGGAAAUGUGCAAAGCCAUGCUGGACGAGUGUGGAGUCGCGGUGAUGGCCGGCGGUCCAGCAUUCCUUCGGCCAGUAGAGGAGCUGACAACCAGACUCUGCUACGUUCCGUUCGACGGAGGAAAUGCUCUGGCCUUCAGCAGAAGUUUAGGACUGGAUACCGACUUACCAGAGAAUUUUGUCAGAGACUACUGUACCCCUGUGUAUGAGGGCAUCCAGGCACUGAAGAAAUGGGUUCUGGAUCAGAAAAAACACUGAUGAGAAAGGAGCUUCCCAUAAUACAUAUAUCUAGUGGUGCGUGACGUACAACGGAACUUAAUAUGUAGUUUAGUGUUGUGAAUUUGGCUAGACACUCCAAUGUUAUUCCUUUCAAGAACGCUAGAGCCAGUACGUUUCUGUCAUAGUGCGAGUAGAAAUCCAGAUUACUCAUUUUUAAAGUACUGUAUUUUAUACAUUUAUGUAUUUUAUUCAUGUAAUUAAAAGUUAUUUCCCUUUACUGAAA